GUUUUACCCACCGACGUCAUUCGUAGAGUCUGGACACGGAGGUAAGAGGCUGCUCCUCCUCGACGUGAAUUGUGUUUCCCUUACCGCCGACAACUUGUUUGUCUGUUAGCACAUCAGCCGCCCAUGGGCGCUGCUGUUUACACCCUCUGCUGCUCCGCGGGCUGGGUUUGUCCGGUGCGCCUCUGCGGUCGGUUCGGGACGGUAUCGGAGUCCACCUUUAUGAAUGAAUAACGAGACGGGAGGGGAAAUGCGAGUGACUGUGAAACUCCCCAGCAGUCGGGCUCCCGGGGGGGGCAGCCACCGAUGAGAGGGAUUAACGACGGAGCGGAGCCGCGGCUCAUUGCGGAAAAGCCCACUGCAGACUGGCGUGGAAACGCACCGUGAGGGAAACGGGCUCCAUAGCGUACAGCAGCGGAACAAAAAACCGCGGUGACCACAAUGUCCAUCCACAUUGUGGCUCUGGGCAGCGAGUGCCCCGGAGGAGUCGGGCCCGGGGGUGAGGAAAUCAUGGGCCAGGGGCAGCUGCAGGGAGGCCUGCUUUGGAGCUACCUAGGUCAUGGAGCGCUGGUGGGACCCUGCGACCUGGAGAGCAGCGUGCACAACCCAGCAUUCAUGGAGUACACCUCACGUGUGUUCGGAGAUGUCACCGUGGUGGUCCGGGAUUGUCCCAGCUGGGACUUGUUGGACAGCGAUUGGGCCAGCGUACGAAAAGUUCUGGAGCAGGCGGACAUUCUGGUCAUCAAAUAUUCAGUCACUGACAAGCUAGCCUUCCAGCAGGUCAGGAAUGGCUACGCCCCGAGACUCCGCCCGCUCCUGAGGCACUGGGGUGUGCCUGUCAUCCUGGUCGCCGUGGGAGCACGCCUUAACGAUGAAGGCCCACCGUGUACUUGUCCGUUGUGUGCGUCUGACUGGAGCAGCUGCGUGCCCCACAGCGAAGGUCUGCAGCUGUCCAGAGACCUAGGGGCCACUUACCUGGAGCUGCCCUCGCUCAAUCAUGUGUUUGUGGGCCGCUACUUUGGCAGUGUGCUGGAGUACUUCAUGAUUCAGUGUCUCAAACACAAAGCUAAAGAAAGGCCAGAGAAGAGGAGAGGGAAUAAAGUGAACGAGCUCCGCCCCCCUCACUUAGAACAACCAGUUUUCAAACCGUCUUCCCCUAUUCGGGUAGAAGAGUCCAGCUUCUCCCAGGACAUGCAGUGGUUGUUGGAGCGUGGCGUGCAGUUUGCCGAUGUGGCGUUCUACGCGGGAGACUCGGGGAAAGAGCUGGGGUGGGCGCACGCUGCUGUGCUGUGUGCUGUCAGCCCGUACUUCAGACAGCUGCUCCUGGGGCCCAAGACCAGAGAGCGGGACGGAGGCCCACAUUCACUGCUCUCCACCUGGGAUGGGGGGAUUAUUGAUGACAUGCCCCGAUCAGAAGGGCACCUGACAGGACGCCUCUCUCGCCUGGUGGUGAAGGACCCCCUGCUGUGUAUGUGCCUGUGGGAGACUCUCAUGUUCAUAUAUAGAGGAGCGUGGGAGUGGGAACACCUUCAAGAGGCCCUGGAGGAGAAGCUGAAGAAUUCGAUAGCUGUGGCUCAACUUAUGGAGCGCAUACGAUCCCUCAUCGGCAGAGACAGGGGCCCCAGGGACACCCCGAGCGCGCGGGCAGCUCAGCUAGGCCCCCAGACUCUUGUCAACCUCUUCAACUCUCCUCUUUACUCUGAUGUCAUUUUCAUGGUGCAAGGGAGUGUUCUGCCAGCCCAUCGAGCAGUGCUAGUGGCACGCUGUGAUGUCAUGGCCGCCAUGUUCAGUGGAAAGUAUGCGGAGGCUCGGAGCCGAGUAGUGCCCAUCCACGGCGUCUCCUCAGAUACCUUCCUGUCCUUCCUGGAGUACCUCUACACUGACUCCUGUUGUCCUGCCAGUGUGCUGCAGGCCAUGGCGGUGCUGGUCUGUGCCGAGAUGUACCAGGUGAAACGUCUUCAGCACCUGUGUGAAGUGUGCGUGUGCGCUUACCUUCAGAGCAUGCCCAGUAGAGAGCUGUCAUCAACAGGCAUCAGCGUGAUACGACUACUCCGCAGGGCAAAGUGCCACAAUGCAGAGCAGCUGUAUAUCUGGCUCCUACACUUCAUUGCCAACAACUACCUGAUCUUCAGUCACAAGCCUGACUUCCUGGAGCUCUCAGAGGAGGAGCGGGAGCAGGUGGAGAGGCUACGCUGGCCGUCCAGAGGCUACCUGCAGGAGCUCAGCGAGUACCAGCAGCGGCGACGCAAGCUGCGCAAGUCCCGCUGCAUAGUCAUGUGACCCCUCCUGGAUGCCAACAACAACCUGAGGAAGAGGGGGAGGGGGAGCAGAGGAGGGAGACCAGGGAGAAAAUUAAGACUGAGAGUAACACUGUUCUUGAACAUAUGAGAAAAAGAAGGACCCCCCCCCCCCGUUAGUGCUGCUGGAUGAUGGGCUGAUUCAGACGGACACUGUUGCAGAGGAAAACAUCAUAAGACUCUUAAAGCAGUGACAUACACGGCUGUGACGAGCCCCCCUCCCCCAGAGGAAUAACUGUGUGUCCUUCGUUUAAUGACUAUUCUAUCACGGGCAAUACAAAAUGACUAAUCCUUUAAAUCCAAUAUGAAUUUAAAAUGACUGUCUGGCCACUGACGGUGGAAGAUUAGAUUUCUAUUGGCGGGUGCAAAACUGAGGAUUUCGAAGAUGACAAAAGACAUAUCAAACGACCACAAAUCUGUUGGAACGGAACAGGAUCAUGUGCGGACUGUUUUUAAGUACAGUAACUGGGUAACUGGUCUUCAGGAACCUGAGGAUUCUUCAGUGAGGUCAACACAGGGAGGCUCCUUCUUGAAAUAAAACCAUGGCACCAUGCUGGGUCUGUGCUGCAUCUAAAAAUGGUGAAUGUGUGCACAUGCAGCGUUUCAUAAGCUGAAGUAACUGUUGAGCCUCUUUCUUCUAAGUGGCAUGAUCAGUAUUUCGGCUGAGUGUGGACCUACACGAACACCGAGCUUACAGUGGUAGUGCAAACAUGCUCAUUUUCAUUUGUAGUCAACAAGAAGGACCAAUUAAGUCAAAUACUUAUAAAAAACAUUUUCUCUACCUUUAAUACAACAGCAGUGACAGUCUCAUAGUGAAAACUGUAUUACCACCGUGAUGUAAUACAUUUAGGUCCUUGUUGGUGUCUAAUUAGCCAAUCUGCCUUACAUGAAGAAAUGGCUAAAAAUCAAGUCUACAAAUUCAACUACACACAUAGCCUGUAUCAAAAUGAAGCGCUGUGAACCAAAUCUAUAACAACACUCACGAGUUCUACUUUGUCUCGAGUCCAGGAGCUGGACUUUAACAUCAUUUUCUCUGCAGCAUAACAUGGAACUCUUUGUCAUUUAUUCGCAAUAAUAAAUAAUGAAGUUAUGUCUCUGUCUGUCACAUUAAAGGAGAAAAGCCUUUUGUAGCAUUUAUGUAUACAGAAGUCGUGUAAAGAUUAAAUUAACAAUACAAAUGGAGAGAAGUUGGUACAUUAAAAACCACAAUGCCUCUGGGUAGGAAACUAUUUAUUUUAUCCUAUUUUUUUAUUUAAGACAGUUGUUUUUCAUUAGAA